AGUUUUCUGUCACAAACACUUUCCCCCACGCAUCGAGGUCUCAGUGGAGCCCUGGUGAAACAACAUAUAAUUCGAGAUCCAGUCAGGCUUUGGAAUCUCUUAGGUAGCACUUACUAUUUUACUACUUCAAGCUCUCAAGGGAGUAACCAGAAGAAUGGAGGAUUCAAAAAGAAAUCUCCACAGGAGGAGGAGGAGGAUGAGAAACGCAGGAAAAGGGAAAAUCAGAUGCAUCUUGAACGUUUACGGGCACUCCUCAUCAUAACCUUCAUAGUGCUGAUGUUUCGAUUCACUGUCAGCGAGAACAGAGAAGGGACCAACAUUUCCUGGAACUACUUUGUGAAUGAGAUGCUGGCGAAGGGGGAGGUCCAGAGAAUCGAAGUGGUGCCAGAGAGUGAUAUUGUGGAAAUUUAUCUGCACCCAGGAGGAACUCCACAUGGACAAGUUAACGUUACGCUGUUGUACACAAUGCGGGUGGCAAACAUUGACAAAUUUGAAGAGAAGCUGAGAGCUGCGGAGGACGAGCUGAAUAUUGAUGAGAGAGAGAGAAUCCCCGUUUCCUACAAACAUCCUGGCUUUUAUGGAAAUGACAUCAUUUCCCUGAUAGUGACGCUUGUGGCUGUGUCCAUGUUGUGGAGUAUCUUCCGCCUUAUUAGGGUUGCAAGCCGGGUAGGAGGAUUCAACGCCUUUAACCAGUUGAAAAUGGCUCGUUUCACCAUUGUGGAUGGGAAGUCUGGAAAAGGAAUUGGCUUCAAGGAUGUAGCGGGAAUGCAUGAGGCAAAAAUGGAAGUCAAAGAAUUUGUGGACUAUUUAAAGAGUCCUGAUCGCUACCUUCAGCUUGGGGCUAAAGUGCCCAAGGGUGCCUUGUUACUCGGACCACCAGGGUGUGGAAAGACGUUGCUGGCGAAGGCCGUGGCUACAGAAGCACAAGUGCCGUUCUUGGCCAUGGCAGGCUCUGAGUUUGUGGAGGUGAUAGGAGGUCUUGGAGCUGCCCGUGUUCGGAGCCUCUUCAGAGAAGCCCAGGCUCGUGCACCCUGCAUCGUGUACAUUGAUGAAAUUGAUGCUGUGGGCAAGAAGCGCUCAACCAAUAUAUCUGGUUUUGCCAAUGCUGAGGAGGAGCAGACCUUAAACCAGCUGCUGGUGGAAAUGGACGGAAUGGGAACCACGGAUCAUGUCAUAGUGCUGGCUUCCACCAACCGUGCUGACGUCUUGGAUAACGCCUUGAUGAGACCUGGGAGGCUCGACAGGCACAUCUUUAUCGAUCUUCCAACACUCCAGGAGAGAAGAGAGAUCUUUGAGCAGCACCUGAAGGGUCUCAAACUGAUCCAGGAUGCCAGCUUCUACUCGCAGCAUCUUGCUGAACUGACUCCGGGCUUCAGCGGAGCUGACAUAGCGAAUAUCUGUAAUGAAGCUGCUCUUCAUGCUGCUAGAGAAGGUCACAAAUCCAUUGAUACUUUCAACUUUGAGUAUGCUGUGGAAAGAGUCAUUGCAGGCACUGCCAAAAGAAGUAAGAUCUUGUCACCAGAAGAGAGGAAGGUUGUGGCGUUUCAUGAAUCGGGUCAUGCCUUGGUUGGCUGGCUGCUGGAGCACACCGAGGCUGUGAUGAAGGUUUCCAUAGCCCCUCGAACAAACGCAGCUCUGGGAUUCGCUCAGAUCCUUCCAAGAGAGCAGUACCUCUUCACCAAGGAGCAGCUGCUGGAGAGGAUGUGUAUGGCGCUGGGGGGGAGAGUGUCCGAGGCCAUCACCUUUAACAAAGUCACUACAGGAGCACAGGAUGACCUGAAGAAGGUGACCAAGAUAGCCUACUCCAUGGUGAAGCAGUACGGGAUGGUGCCCAGCAUUGGGCAGCUCUCUUUCCCGGAUCUGGAGAGUGCAGCUGGAAUUGGUCGGCGCCCUUUCAGCCAGGGACUUCAGCAAAUGAUGGACCAUGAAGCAAAAGUCCUGGUGGCUCAGGCUUACAGGCGGACAGAAAAACUCCUAUUGGAGAACCGGGACAAGCUGCAAACACUGUCUAAUGCCCUCCUGGAGAAAGAAGUGAUAAAUUAUGAUGACAUUGAAGCUUUGAUUGGGCCUCCACCCUACGGGCCAAAGAAAAUGAUAGCUCCUCAGAGCUGGCUUCAAGCAGAGAGAGACAAGCAAGACACAAGAGAUGAAGAAAUGCCCCAGCAGCCACCAAACCAUGAGGAGGAGGAAGAACCACGCCUGAGACCAGUCUGAAGCCCGCUCCUGAUGCAGAACAGGACAACUCUAGGGCCUUCUUUUGGACACAGAUCCUUUCCCUUUUCAGCUCCAGAAUCAAAGAUACUGAGCAGGGACUCUCUGUGCUGCCAUUACCCCAAAAU